AUGCUCAUGGCCACACUGUCCUGGUUCUUGGCGCUGCGAUUGCUGGGAGUCCAAAUCUCGGCAGCUCCACUGAGUGCGAAAGGCGGUGGUGUGUCCGAGCCGACGCACGCAAACCAGAUUCCCAAGCUGAUAUGGUCAUUCUGGCAUAGCGAAGCACUUGUGCCAGGCGUGGUGCGCCUGGCCCAAGGCACGUGGAAGCACUUCGCUCCGGACUACCAGCUUCGAUUGUUGAACGAGCAAAGCGUCAAGGAGUACCUGCCUGCGGGAGAGCGUGACGUGAGUCCGGAUUCCUUCUUCACACUCAGUGCCUACACCGAUUGGCUCAGAUUGAGUCUGCUUGCCUCUUACGGCGGCAUUUGGAUGGACUCGACGCUGUUGUUGACUGCACCUGUGGAUUCGCUCCUGAACCAAACUGCUCAUCUAAGUGGCCUUCACUUGGAGGCUGCUCUUUUUGAAAGCUACUUCCUUGCUGCAAGGCCUGAGGAGGACAUCGUGCAGAGGUGGCGAGACGAGAUGUGGCGCAUCGGCAGAAUGGCAGACAAGGACUACGAUGUGCAUCUGACUCGACUCAAGACUCGCGGCAUCGAGCCGCUGAACGGACACAUGUCUGAGUGCGACUGGCGAGACCGAUCUCCUGUCCACGAAGUCGCCCACUGGAUCUUGCAUCGGGCCGUGGCUGCUGUAAACUUCUUUGUUGGAUACACGAGCUUCUAUCUUCACCCAUGCGGCCAGCAUUAUUGGAUGUGGUAUUAUCGUGUUUGCGUAGCGUUCAAUGCGGUUGUGGUGAGUGCUGACGGCAGCGACAUCACUCAGCUCGCUGCUCCGAUGGGGAUCCAUAUGACUGACUCCGAAAGGACGCUGAACAGAAUUGCAGUUUCCUUCGGAUGGGACACAACACAAAUUGUUCGUUUUCUCAUUACCCGGAGCAGCGAGGACUUCCAGCUCACGCCCAUCCGCGGUAUCAAGCUCCGCUCCAAGGAGAGGAACAUGCUCACCGAGCUUUCUUUCUGCGAGACUGGCAGCAUCAUCUGUAGACUUCAAGCACUCGUUGGCGACCGGUUCUUCGAAGAGAGGGCGAGUGCCUCCUUGGAGGCUGCCGUGGAGAAGACCUACUCUUCCCGCCAGCGCCAGCAGCAGCCGCGCCAAGCAACAACGCUUCCACAGCGGCGUCGUUCACAACCCCCGACAGAGCCUGGGUACCAGGGCUACAAGGUCAACGACGAAGAGAUUGAAAAGGCCAAGCCGGUUGUUGUCUUGACCUCCGACAAGGGCAUCACCAAAGUCGAGACAGACUACUCAGACCUGGCUCACCAAGCGAGCGGCUUCAGGGCACGCAGCCUGCUUCCCACGCUCUCGGAGCGACCUCCCGCGACCACAGAGGGCUACCAGAGCAGCGCUCCCGGCCGCGAAGCACCCAGGCCCUGGGAGCCGAAGAUGGAUGUGGAUGGGAAGACACAAGUUCCAGCCCCAUGUCUCGAGAUGCGUGCAGAGCGCGCGCUGCUCCUGCUGACUGUGAGCCUGCCACUGGUAUUCGUGCCGGAGGUGUUUCUCCCUCGACAUGCGCCCUCGCGGGUUGGGCCAAGGUGGUCACAAGGAGGAGCGCGCUUCGAGAUUGAGCCUAUGGAGUUGUGGCUCUUCGAGAAUGGAGCACGCGUCAGCUCCAAAGCCAGCGUUGGACCCGGGAGUGAGGGACGGGGCGUCUGGGCGAAACAGACGAUAGCAGCAGGUGAGGAGAUCGCACGUGUUCCGAUCAAGCUCGUCCUUUCGAAGGAGUCUGCCGCCAGCGCACUGGGUUCCGAUAUCAUCUCCGAGGACAUGGGCGAGUACACUGCCAUUGCGCUGCAACUGAUUCACGAGCGAUACGUGCUUCAGGAUGCAUCCUUCUGGCAGCCCUACCUGGAUCUGCUGCCGGACACGGCGGAGAUAGGUUCCUCUUUCACAUGGUCCGAGGAAGAUCUGGAACUACUCUCGGGCAGCCUAAUUCAGAACAUCUCCAGCUUCUUGCGGGAGAAGAUCCAAGAUGAGUACCGCAGCCUCUGUGAGACCACCCUGGCCAAAGAUCCUGCCAGCUUCCCUCUCGAUGUCUUCACGCUGCCACGGUACAUUUGGGCGUAUGCCGUGCUUCUGAGCCGGUCCUUCCGAUUGCGCUUCGAUCGGAAAGGGGAGAAAAUUGCUUUGGUACCUUUCGUCGAUUUCAUCAACCAUGACCCGGAGUCGAAAGCAUACGUGGCUGGCGUCACGGAGGCAGCCGGCCGCUAUGUGAUGCUCAAGACAGAUCGGAAGUACGGCCCGAAAGAACAGGUCUUCGAUUCUUACGGGCGAAGGUCGAACGAUGAGCUGCUGUUGCUGUACGGCUUCUCCCUGGAGACAAACGUCCACAACUACGUGGAGAUCCCGCUGACAGAGCUGUGGGAGUGUACGGAGCUGGCAGAGCCAAAGCGGUCCUGGCUUGCCGUGAAUGGCAUCGACCAAGAUGAGAUGCAGAGCAUUUUCCUCUAUCGUGGGCGAUGGCCGAAAGAAAUGAUGCUCCUGCUGCGGCUCCUGGUGCUCACCAGGGAGGAGAUUGGUGUUCGCCGUGAAUAUGCAGUGCACAAGACGCUCAAGGACAUGGACCUUGCAACUCCGGUGGCGCCGGACGUUGAGGAACGCGCGCUCAAAGCGCUGAGAAAGCUCAUUGCCGAGGUUCUCUCAAAAUGCCCUGUGCAAUUGCGGGAGAGGGACGCGAAGCUACUACGAGAUCGAUUGGCGUUUGAAGCCCUUUCGAGGAAAGAGCAGUAUGCUGCCAGUGCGCGGCACGGGGAAGUUGAUGUGCUUGAGACCAACAGGCUUCGCGUGAACAGACUGCUGCACCACGUCCCCUUCGUGUUCCGGCGGAGGGAUGCAAGGAAGCAACAAGUCGUACCCGGCUUCUCUGCCGACUCAGUGCCGCAGGAUUUCGAUGUUUUCCUCAAAGAGUUUGAGAUGGACUAG